CUUACCGAGUCUUUAAAUUCAAGCGAAAUUAAGACAAACACCAUGUCGCAACCAACAGAGGUUUCGUUCGUCUCUCGCAGCUACAAGUUGGCCGCUCACUUUUACCCUCCAGUCUCGGCUUCUCCGGAUCGAGCGGGUGCCGCCGUCAUAUUAUGUCACCCCUGGACAUCAAUCAAGGAGCAGUCUCCCGCCAACUACGCCCGAGUCCUGUCCCAAGCCGGUUUUUCAUGCCUUGCAUACGAUGCAGCCUACCAAGGAGAAUCCGAAGGCCUACCAAGAGCGCUUGAAGAUCCUGGUCAGCGAGUUGAAGACAUCAAAGCCGCUGUCACAUACCUUGUCAGCCGUAAAGAUGUCGAUUCUGACAAGAUCGGCGUUGUCGGCAUUUGCGCAUCCGGCGGCUAUGCCCCCUACGCGGCUCAGACCGAUCUCAGAAUUAAGGCUGUAGCGACCUCUGCUGCCGUCUGCGUUGGCACAAUGGCCCGUCGGGGUUUGGAUAAGGACAGUUCCAACAUGGACAACUUACAGGUGCAGCUGCAGCUUGCCGCGAAGGACCGCAAUAGCGAUGUUGGAGGAGAAGAAGUCGACAUUAUCCACAUGCUGCCUGACAAAUUCGAUGCAGCACUGCCUGACCAGAUGCCGGAAUCGUUUCGGGACCUAGCCUCCUACUACCGGACGUCGAGGGCAAACCAUCCGAGAGCUACGAAUACCUGCCUGCCUCGCAGCUGGGACCUUAUGGCCAAUUUCGAUGCCUUUGCUUGGAACCGAAUGAUCAGCCCUCGGCCGUUGCUGGCCAUCACCGGGACCAAGGCGGCCACGAAGUGGUACAGUGAAGACUCAGUUGCAAGCGCCCAGGAGCCGAAGGAGCUGUUUGUUGUUGACGGGGCUACGCACGCUGACUUGUAUGACAAGGUUGAUGUUGCUGGUGCCAAGCUCGUAGAGUUCUUUGGGAAAUACUUGGUCUAAGUCGCGAGUGGACGACUGAUGGCAAGAGAUGUGCUGAGGAUCCGAGACUACUCGGCAAAGACUUUGGUUUCGAAGUUGAGUCACCAUGUCUGUUAUAUGUGUAGCAAUUACAUGGCUGAGAGAUGCCAGCUCGUGGCUUUCGUAGUAAAGUAUGUGGGGGAUUCAUGGGCUGGUCUAGCUUAUUGAUAAGGUGCGGGUUGCAUAAUUAAUUGCGUUCUUGGAAUGACGGAUCGAUCAUUAUCACCUAGCCAGACAGACACACAGAGACAGUUAACCUGCC